AUCAAUUUUCAAACCUUAUAUGCGCAAACUGUCGCGAAGCGCCUCUUCACGGAAGCACUCAGAAUUAGUGGUCGAUAGAAAAUAAAGAGUAACAGGGGUGAUUGUAGAAGAUUCAUAUUGAAAUAGACGUAAAAUGGAUUUCAACAUGAAGAAAUUAGUAAAAGAUGCUGGUGCUGCAUUUAGCAGGGUUGUACAGUUGACAGAAGAAACACUGGGAACAUCUGAGAAAACUGAAUUAGAUGCACAUUUAGAAUAUCUCUCAGAAAGAGCAAAUGCAACAAAAACAUGGACUGAAAAGAUUCUUAGGAAUAUGGAGUCUGUGCUCACUCCAAAUCCAGGCAAUAGAAUUGAGGACUUCUUUUUUGAAAAGAUUGAUAAGAAGAAGCCUAACAGAUUGAGCAAUUUAGAAUAUGUAGGCAUGGAUAUGAUAGAAGCUGGAAAUGAUUUUGGUCCAGGAAUUGCUUAUGGCAGUGCACUGAUAAAAGUUGGCCAGUGUCAACAAAAGUUAGGUCAGAUCGAAAGAAGUUUCAUUGAAGCUGCAGCUAAUUGUUAUAUACACCCCUUAAGAAAAUUUCUGGAAGGUGAAAUGAAAACUGUUACCAAAGAGAUGUCUAUAUUAGAAAAUAAACGAUUGGAUUUAGAUGCCUGCAAGAACAGAGUGAGGAAGGCAAGAAGUAUGCUUGGCCAGCAGAGUGAGUCUGGUGUAUCACCUGAGGUGUUAUUAGACCAGGCAGAGAGGGAGCUGAGAGUAGCACAGUCGGAGUUCGAUCGUCAAGCAGAAAUCGUGAAAUUGCUACUUGAAGGAGUUUCGAGUUCUCAGGCUGGACAUUUGCGUUGUUUGCACGAAUUCGUCGAGGCCCAAGCCCGUCAUUACGCUCAGUGUCACGCGACCAUGCAAGAUUUACAACGUGAACUUGCCGGCUUAUCUGGGGGUCCUUAUCAUCCGACAACCCCACCAACAUCCAACGCGUCAGCGGCAAAUGGUCAAGAACGUGCAAGGGUAUUAUGCGAUUAUGAGGCGAGGGAUUCUAGUGAAUUAAGUGUCAUGCAAGACGAGGUAAUCACUGUUAUUGAAAUACCUGGUGACGAAGACUACGUUAUCGGUAUAAGAGGAAAUCAACGAGGAAAAGUACCCAAAGCAUACUUAGAAUCGCUUAUUGUUUGCGAAUGAGAACUUAAUUGUUAAUUAGCCUUAAUGUACAUUCCAUUGUAUUUUAAAAUUUUACUCUAUCGUUCAAUUGAAACUGCCUUAUUCGUGUAGAUACAUUCAACAAUUUCUCUGCUUUGUGUAAUAAAUUUGAAAAAUACCCUAACUUUCAAAAUAUGAGGCGGUAAAGUCACACUUGUUGGAAGAGUUUAAUUAAAAAUGUGGCACAAAACGAAUACUAUAAGCUCAAGCUGCAUAUCAAUAAAUAAAGAGUCAAUUCUGAGAAAUAUAAAGAUCUAAUUCAGUUAGGGAAUGUUUCUGUAAUUACAAAACUGUUCCAACUAAGCACCUGUUCUACAAAUAUUGAAACCAUGUUAUAUAUUAAUAUUGUCUAUAAUAUCAAUAAAAUUAUUCGCUGUUUGAAAUAAAUAUUGCUUGAUGUAAGAAAGAAAAUCCUUAAAAAAUAUUAUUUUUAUAAUUUUAUUGAUAAUCAAUAGAAUAUAAAAUUACUUCUUUUUCGAUACACCGACUGUGCGUCCACGACGACCGGUGGUCUUUGUAUGCUGACCGCGUACACGAAGACCCCAAUAAUGACGCAAACCUCUGUGAGCACGGAUCUUUUUCAUACGUUCCAAAUCCUCACGAAGUUUCGAAUCCAGAUAAGAGCUAGUGAGCUACAAAACAAGAAAAUUCCUUAUUAAAAGUAUCAAAGUAAGAUAUAAUAUAUUAUUUAUAAUUUAUAUGUUGCACAUUAACAUUCUAAGUUCCAGUAUGCUAUUUAACCUGUCAAUGUUAAUUAGCAAGCCAAUGUGCAGUUUCUCUUGCACGCAUUACCAGCUAAUCUAUGCUUUAAAUACAUAUGAUUAGUCGUGAAGUCGUGCUACAUGUUAUAAAAAUGAUUAUUUUAUUCGUAUAUAUAAUAGUUUCCUGAUCAUACAUACCUGAGAGUAUUUGCCAUCAACAAUAUCCUUCUGCCUAUUUAAGAACCAAUCAGGGAUUUUGUACUGUCUAGGAUUGGCCAUUAUGGUAACUAUUUUUUCAACCUUGUAACAAAUGAAUACAUUUAUAAUUACAGGACAAAUAAAUAUUUGAAAAUUU